AUGGCCAAGGAGAGGUGUCUGAAGAAGUCCUUCCAGGACAGCCUUGAAGACAUGAAGAGGCGCGUGAAGGAGAGAAGGAACAAGAACUUGGCCGAGGUCGGCCGGCGCAAGUCCUUCCUGGCCGCGCCGGGCCCGACGAGCACCAACACGUCGACACUGCUGAAGAACUACCAGGACAACAACAGAAUGUUAGUUUUAGCUUUGGAAAAUGAAAAAUCCAAAGUGAGAGAAGCCCAGGAGAUCAUCCUCCAGCUGAGAAAAGAGUGCUACUACCUGGCGAGUGAGCUGUUCGCCCUGAGAGAGAAAUUCGCCUUGCCGGCAGGAGGGGUGACUCAGAACCAGGAAAUAUACCCCUCUGGAAUGGACCCCUGCAGUGACAACCACUCCUGGGGUUUGUUUGUGAAGAAUUUACCGCAAGCUCCUCUUAAAGAAACUGGCCUUCCAGGACAAAGAGAAUCAUUUCAAAUAGAAGAGCAAAUAGCCGCUGUUUCCCGAGACACGCCGGGAUUCGAUCUUGCUUCAGGUACACCACCUGAAACUCUCCAGUCACCUCAUUUUUGCCUGAGGGAUGUCACCAAUGUCACCCUGCCUCCUGUAACGACAGCCAAAAGACUUUCUCUGUCUCCGGAAAAGAGUAAAACAAGCCCAGCCACGUCUCUGCCUAAGCGCAGGUGCACAGCCAGCGUGAACUACAAGGAGCCCACCCUUGCUUCGAAGCUGAGGAGAGGAGACCCUUUCACAGAUCUGGGGUUUUUGGAUUCUCCUAUUUUCAAGCAGAAAAGGGAUUCGCGGCAGCAUUCUAAAAAGCGUGUGAAGCAAAUACAGUGA